CGAUAGUUUAUAUCCGGAUCUCAAAUUUCCCAAACGGAGUAUUAUUCAUAGGAUAUCUAUGUUGCUUAGGCUUUCACCCGAUUUUAAACUUGUUUUAGAGGUAAUCAAUCAAUUUAUUAUUACUUCAGAUUAAGGUAUAGUUGGAAAGUUCCGAAUUAUUUAUAACCACAAAAAAAAGGCUUUUCGUAAAUUAAAAAUUUUUAAAAUGGAAAAUAUUUGUUUUCAGAAUUGGCCAGUUAAUGAUGCACCACCAAAAGUAUUCUUUCCACCUAAAACGUCCUUAACAAGGGAAUUAGAAUAUAAAAAGAAAAGACCUAUAUUGGAACAUAUAUCAACUUCUAUCAGUUCUCCACAUAAAUUAGCGCUUAAACCAACAACUUCACAUCCACUUAAUCAUCAAAUUACUACUUCACCAAUUACUCCUCCAUUUUUUAAGAAAUUUAACAAGAACGAUGAUUUAUUAUUAGUUGGUAAACGGCAUUCUUCACCCAAAAUUGAUGGAACAGUUGAUAAUAAUGAAAAGAAAAUGGUUAUUGUACAUGAGAUUAAACCAUCUGAUACUAUAGCAGGUGUUGCUUUAUUUUAUGGAAUUGAGAUUUCAAUCUUAAAGAAGGCCAAUAAAUUAUGGACGAAUGAUUCAAUUCAUUUACAUCAUUUUCAGAUAAUAUAAUAAGACCAUCAUUUUCUCCUACUUCAAAGACUCCUUUUACAAUUUAUGAAAGAGAAUUAUUAUUUUGUACUUUACCAGAACAUGCGAAUUAUGUUAAUGGUAAUCAUAGUAAUCAUAACCAUAAUUUUCAUUUAAGACAAAGUUCACACGAAUCUACCUCAAAUUCUUCAAUAUGGUCAAUUACUUCUUCGUCUAGUUCUAUUUCUUCUACAACUU